AUUUCCUAUUAAUGCGACGAUGGGCAUGCUUAAGCAAACACUUCGCUAAGAGCUGUUCGAUAGUGUUAACCUCUGUAAGAAUAAGGUGGUGCUAAAUUUGUUUACAAUACACUUACGCCGUUUACCCUACCGUGUAGUUUUUAUUUACUAAGUCCUUCCAUUUAUGUCCACGGCUAUAUAAAUCAAUUUAUCCGGACAUCGCCUUUUAAUCUUUUCUUGACCAUAAGUAGCAGAGAGACUGCAAGCGCGCUACUAGAUCGUACAACGCUGGGAAGCAAUUUACGAUUCAUUAUGUGUUUAUCAAUGGAGAUGUAAACUAAUGUGUGAACAACUCACCCUCUAGGGUAUUUAUUAGAUGUAUUAGAUGUAGAUAUUGGUUAACUACAGAAUUACUCUCGUCUAGUGCUUUUGUGUGGUGUUUUGUUCCGUGUAAAAUUGGAGAAAAUAUGCGAACCAUGUCGACACCUCGACGAAAAAUUUCGAUGUCUUCCAAACAGAAACCCUUGCGGAUUGCAAUUCUGGGACAAAAUGGGGUUGGAAAAUCGGCUUUGACUGUGCGUUUCAUCACACGACGGUUCAUUGGGGACUACGAUCCAGAUUUAGAAAAAGUUUACGCUUGCUCAAGAUGUUUAGAUGGUGACACAGUGACCUUAGAAUUAUUGGAUACGGCCGCGCAGGCAGAGAAAAGUCGUAUAGAAGACCAUAUAAAGUGGGCAGAGGCAUACAUUCUUAUGUACUCAGUGACCGAUCGAUGCAGUUUUGGGGAAGUGAGCAGACUAAAAUUCCUCAUUAAUUCUUACAGUAAAAAACAACGCAAAAGUGUGUCGUCACCAGAUUCCGUAAUGACGUCAACACCGGUGGUUCUAGUAGCCAAUCAGAUUGAUCGAACUCAUGACAGAAUGGUUACACAGGAAGAAGGAUUUCAAAGAUCUCUAGAACUUGGUUGUUUGUCUUUUUAUGAAAUUUCUGUCAGAGAAAGUAUAGACUCUGUGUCAAAAAUUUUUGAGGAUAUUUAUCUAAUGUGCCGGAAACCGCGCAAGUGUCGUCAACAGCUGUGUAAACAAUUGUCGUUACCAAGUUUUAUCAACGAGGAGAAACCGGAAGAGACAAUCGACACGUCUGCUACCUUGAACAGACGGCGGAAAGCAAUCUUUACCGUUAGCUAAUCAGGUUCAUUCUGGACCAUUUAUCAGUAAAAGUUGAAAAGAAGUUUUCAUCACCUCAAGCUUCUGAUGAGCUUCGUUAUAAAAUAAAGCUUAUCUGUGAUACUUGUUUACAAAUGAGGACUGAUAAGAGAUAAAUUACGCAUGUACGUUCAUGAACGAUGCGAGAAAGGCGGAUAUUCAAUAUUUCUUGUUUUUGUUUUAACUUCCAUUUUAUAGAUCAUGUUUUACGUAAUAAAAAAUGAUAACACAAA